CGAACAAACAAAUAAACAAGAGCCACCAAGCAAUACUUAUACUCUUCAUCGCGGCCAACGAACGGGGACAUCAUUCUCGUUACUCAGCUGGGGCAUCCGAUUAAUCGCUCUGAUUCUAUUGGUUUAGCUUGCUGUUAGUCAGCAUUGAGCAAUUGUAGGAAGUGGACGUACCUGGCCUUCCACAAUGGAUAGAGGAACAGAUCGUGGGUUAUUUCGUAAUGAUGGAUCUUCUAUGGGAAAGUUCAAAAACCUUCAAGAGGAGGAGAAGGGUGAACUGUCUGGGAAAUCUAGGUCAAGCUCGAUGUUUAUUACUCCAGAUCGAAAGACUGUCACUAGUAAACCUGCUAUAGAUAAUAAAGCUAGUGGCUCUAAGGUAACAAGUGGAAAACUUGCAUUCAGCUUGAAACAAAAGUCAAAACUUGUUGCUCCCACUGUCAAGUUUGGUGAAGAUGAGGAUGAAGAUGAAGGGGAUGCUCGAAAAAUAUCAGAUGAUGGGCCGAUAAAGCGGCCAAAAUUGGCACAGUUCAAUGCCACCGAUCAAUCAUCCAGACCAGUUGAUGUUGGGAGCAUGGUACACUCAUCUUGUGCUGUAACAGACUGUUUACUAAAUUCUUUCUUUAAGUGGCGUGCAGCACCACCUUCUCCAAGUGAUCCUACUGUGAAGAAUGUAGCAGACAAAUUAGCAAGCUUUGUUGCUAAGAAUGGGAGGCAGUUCGAGCAUGUAACACGGCAGAAAAACCCUGGAGAUACUCCCUUCAAGUUUUUAUUUGAUGAAAGUUGCUCGGAUUACAAGUAUUAUGAAUAUCGACUUGGUGAAGAGCAGAAGGCUUUGGCCCAUACUAUGGAUUCCCAGACGUCACGAAGUGGCACUACAUCAAGUAAGACUGUGGCUGACUCUCAGAGGUCACAACAUCAACACUUGAAGUAUCAAACUCCUGCCUCUGCUUUAUAUGACACCACAGAGAAUUUAUCAUCUUCAGAAACAUCAUCACAAACAGCAACUGGAAAAUAUGGUGAGCAAAGUGGCCCUCCCGGUUCAGACCCUAUAGCCAUGAUGGAAUACUACAUGAAGAAGGCCGCACAAGAAGAGAAACGGAGGCCUCCAAAACACUCAAAGGAUGAGAUGCCCCCACCUGCUUCACUUCAUGCUCAGUCGAAGAAAGGGCAUCACAUGGGCGAUUAUAUUCCUCCCGAAGAACUCGAAAAGUUCUUGGCCACCUGUAACGAUGUAUCUGCACAAAAGUUUGCUAAGGAAGCUGCCGAUAAAAUGAAAAUCCAGGCUGAUAAUGUUGGCCACAAACUUUUAUCCAAAAUGGGUUGGAAAGAAGGUGAGGGCCUGGGGAGCUCGGGAAGUGGGAUGGCGACUCCGAUUAUGGCAGGGGACGUGAAAAAGGAUCACUUGGGUGUGGGUGCGCAUGCACCAGGCGAGGUCACUGCUGAUGACGACAUUUACGAGCAGUACAAAAAACGAAUGAUGCUCGGUUAUCGUCACAGGCCGAAUCCUUUGAACAAUCCGCGAAAAUCUUAUUACUGACUACUGAGAAAGGCUUCUUUCUCCCUUUCAACUGGAGAUCCAUGAAGAUUUGUUGUUGAAAAAGCUGUUUGAUGUAAUGGAAUUCGAUUCAAUUCAGUUCAGCGUUAUAUAAUUGGUAUUGGUAUUUUUUAUUUUUAUUGUUAAGUUCUCUUUUUUCUUCUUCACAAUGGAAUAAGUACAUGUGAAAUACUCGUGGCACUUUUCUUAUUGGGCUUUUGGUGGAUGAUUUGGGUUUAGCAGUCGGAUCCACUGACACUGUAUGCAAUCCGACGGCUAAAACCACCAUGGGGCACUUUAUUUGAUUAUUAUAAGACAUGAGGGCAAAAUAGACCAUAAAGACUUGUAUCCCAUAAUUUAUCAAGUGCACUGUUUUAAUCUACAUAUCACAGUCCACCGAUCAUACAUUAAUUUAGUCCAAUUUCAUCCUCACAAUCAAUUGAGGC